GGCUGUCUUGUUUCCAGAGUAGGACCGGGUCUGUACAGCCCACUGCAGCCGCGGUAGGCUACUUCCGUUCCGCAGAGGGCGACAGGCACCAUCCAGCCUAGACUGUGGCGGAGGUCCAGACACAAUAGACUGGGUUCCGGUUCUUCUCCAAUCCAAACCGGUAUGUCGGAUGAGGAUUCCCGUGCAAGCACCAGCUCUUCUUCAUCGCCGCCUUCCUCCAGCCAAAACAGACAGAGGGACACACUUUGCAAAAAGAAACGGGAGAGCAAAGCCAGCAUGAGCAAGACCUCCAAGCUGCUUUCCACCAGCGCCAAAAGGAUUCAGAAAGAGCUGGCUGAUAUUACACUGGACCCUCCGCCAAACUGCAGUGCUGGCCCUAAAGGGGAUAACAUCUAUGAGUGGAGGUCGACCAUCCUGGGACCACCGGGCUCCGUGUACGAGGGAGGCGUCUUCUUCCUGGACAUCGCCUUCACACCCGACUACCCCUUCAAACCCCCCAAGGUAACGUUUCGUACGAGGAUCUAUCACUGCAACAUCAACAGUCAGGGGGUGAUCUGUCUGGACAUCCUGAAGGACAACUGGAGCCCCGCCCUCACCAUCUCCAAGGUGCUGCUGUCCAUCUGCUCCCUGCUCACAGACUGUAACCCAGCCGACCCCCUGGUGGGAAGCAUCGCCACCCAGUACACGACUAACAGAGUGGAACAUGACCGAACAGCCAAACAGUGGACGAAACGAUACGCCACAUAAACCCACAGAGGACAGCAGUGGGGGGGGGAGGAGGAGGAGGACGAGGGGGGGUGGGGGGCUCCGGGUGGGUUGUGUUGGGCGGGUUAUUUCUAUCUCAGAUUUUUAGUACUUUAUUGUCUGGUAUAUUUUUUGCUUCCUGAUUAAGUUAUCUUCACAAAUAUGGUAAUAAAGGAACACAAUGGAAA